UAGUCAUUUUUUUCUUUUGUUUCCUUGCGUUCAUUGACUCUUUUCCAACUGUCUGUUGGCAAUGUUUAUUGAUGAAACUGACGAAUAUCAAAUUAAGAAUGAUGAUAUUUGCUUUGUUUAUUGAUAGUGCUAAAUUUAAACUGACUAUUUAGUUGUUAUUUUAAACGUAGACAGUGAUGUCAUUUUACGCUUUCAUGAAGUUUGCGCUGUGCAGUUUAUGAUAAUCUACCAGAAUAAAGUUUGUUAAAGAAAGUAUUGCUUUCGGAAUUUACCCGCCAACUAAUUUAACCUUUUUGUUACACCUUCCAUAUUAAUUUUUACAUAUGCGUCUUGAGGAAAUCUUGUUAAAGAUUUAAAAGCUGCGAUGCAACAAAAUACCCGUUAUGUUUUCGCUUUUAUUUUAGUUUUGAUUGCAAAAACGCGAUAAUAAAUCGCAAGCUCGAAAUCCGAUUCGAUACUAAAAAAGGAAGAGAGUAUUUGAAGGAUCCUUCAGAAAACAUUGCAAGAAACCUAAUCUCUUUAACGCGCCGUAUCCGAAAACAAGCAGCUUUUUCAUGACCGUGGUUUGCAGACACCGAAUCAAGAGUUCUUUUAAUAGAAAAGAAACAUCUAAUUGGGAAACACAUCUUUUACAAGAGAGGAAAAAACCAUCAAAAACUGACUUAGUUUUGAGAUCACUGCCACAAUUGAAUCCUGAAAAAUUGAACAUAUUGGAUUAUUUAAUAUCAAACUGUCGUAUUAGUUGUAAUAGUAGUUCUAUAUCAGCUAGUUGUUCGAACAGUUCGGUCGGAUUUAAGACAUGCCUCCUAAAAAGAACAAGAAGAAAAACUUCGACGAAGACUAUUUUUUUGGAGAGGAGAACGAAGGAGAAGUCACUGCUCAAGUGAACGGCGAGCAGUCAGCAAAUAAUGAUGAUUCAAAACCCUCAGAAGACGAUGAAUCGGAAUCCAAAGGGGCUUCCAAGAAGGCAGCUAAGGCGAGCAAGAAAAAGAACAAAUUCGAAGGAUUCGAUGAUUAUUUCUUCGAAGAUGACACCGGAGAAGUGAAUGAAAAUGAACAGCCGCAAGAUGAUUCAAAUGUAUCGAGUAAAAAGCGAGACGAGCCUGCAGCUGAGCCCAAAGAAGCAGAGACCAUUGACUUUGAAGAGGAGUUAGAGACAAAAUCAAAGAAAGGGAAGAAAAAGAAUAAGAAAAAGGGAGACCUUGACGAUGAAGAAGAGCAUGCCGGACCUAGCGUGACCGAAAGCAAAGGCUGGAAAAGGAGAAAAAAGAGAAGAAGAAGCAAAAGAAGAAAGAGGAGAUAGCGAAGCAGAAGGCAGAUGGGACAUACAUGACGAAGGUGCAGAAGGAGGAAAAGGCGAGGAUGGAACUGGCCAAACAGAUGUUCCUGCAGAGUGGAAACGUCAAGAUACUCGCCAACGCCGCCGCCACUCCUGCAACAGCAACACCAACAAUUCCAGAUGCUAAAGAAAACACUAACAACAACCAGAGCAAUAAUAAGCAAAACCAGUUCAGUGGACCCAAGAGGAAGCAGAGCAACUGGAAAGAGAAAGAGAAAGAGAAAGAGAAAGAGAACAAAGACCAGGUCAUUGAGGAGCAGAAGGCAGGCGAUACUGCAGAGAAAGUAGAAGAGAAAGAGAAGAUACCCGAGGUUCUAGACAACUGGGAAGACCAAAGUGAAGACGAAGACUGGGAGAAGAUGGACGAAGAAGAAGAUGGAGAUGAAGACAGCAAAGGAAAGGGAGACAAAGACGAUAAAGGGGUCGGGAAAGUUGAGGCUUUGACCAAUGGGGUGAAGAGUAUGAAAUUGGAGAAUGGAGGCACAGCUGCUUCCAAGGUUGAAGUGGACAAAGAUGAUGAGGACAGUGGGGGCAGUGACGACGAAUCUAGCAGUGACGAUGAAGUGGGAACUUACACCAAAGAGGAGAUCAGAGCGAGGAUAGAUAAGCGCAGGAAGGAGGCUGAGGCCAACAAGGAUGUCUCAGAUCCACGAUGUGCAGUGGUGUGUGUACUCGGACACGUAGACACAGGAAAGACGAAGAUCCUGGACAAGAUCAGACGUACUAAUGUGCAGGACGGAGAGGCGGGAGGCAUCACUCAGCAGAUAGGAGCCACCAAUAUGCCUCAGUUCGCAAUCACAGAGUGGAGCAAGAGUGCCAAUGUGAAAGGCUUCGACGAGGCCGCACUCAAACUGCCAGGCUUCCUCGUCAUCGACACACCGGGCCACGAAUCCUUCACUAACCUGAGAACGCGAGGGUCUUCCUUGUGUGACCUGGCCAUUCUGGUGGUGGACAUCAUGCAUGGCCUGGAACCACAGACUCUGGAGUCGAUUGAAUUGCUGAAGAAGAGACAGGCGCCCUUUGUGGUGGCCCUGAACAAGAUUGACAGACUGUUCGAGUGGAAGUCCAACCCCGCACAGGACAUCCGAGACACAAUCAAGAAACAGAAGAAGCACACCAAGGAUGAGUUUGAGACUAGACUGAAAAAGACGAUCGCAGAAUUUGCGGAGAAGUGUGAACUGAAUGUAGUGCCUUUCUGGGAAAACGAGGACCCCGCCACUUACGUAUCCAUAUGUCCCACAUCCGCACACACAGGUGACGGAAUGGGCAACAUGAUCUGGUACAUGGUCCAUUUCUGCCAGAGUUACUUAAAGAAACGUCUGGCCUACAGGACAGAACCACAAGCCACUGUUCUGGAGGUGAAAGAGAUCCAGGGACUGGGAACCACCAUCGACGUCAUAGUCGUGAAUGGUCGCUUGAAAGAAGGCAAACCGAUAGUGGUGGCAGGCUACGAUGGACCUAUUCAAACAUAUAUCAAAGCCCUGCUUGUGCCGCCUGCCAUGAAGGAACUUAGAAUCAAAGCUCAAUAUGACAAAGUGAAGCAAGUUCGAGCAGCUACAGGAGUCAAAAUCUUGGCCAAAGACGUUGAGAAGGCCCUGGCUGGGAUGCCGAUGUUAGUUGCCUCGAGGAGUGACGAGCAGGAAGUGUUGACAGAAGAGAUGAAGAAGAUUCUACAAGGAAUGAUAUCAUCAAUUAAACUGAAUGACAGAGGAGUCUAUGUACAGGCUUCGACACUUGGAUCUCUCGAGGCGUUGCUGGAGUUUUUGAAGCAGUCACAGAUCCCCUACUCAGGAAUCAACAUCGGACCGGUUCACAAGAAAGACGUCAUGAGAGCCAACACCAUGUUGGAACACAAUGAACUAUACGGAGUCAUACUUGCCUUUGACGUGAAAGUAGAGCGGGAUGCGCAAGACAUGGCGGAUACUUCUGGCAUCCGAAUAUUCACAGCAGACAUCAUCUACCACCUCUUCGAUAAGUUCAUGGCCUUUAAAGAGGAAUUGAAACAGAAGGCGAAGGACAAACACAAACACCUGGCCAUGUUCCCCUGCAAACUGAGGGUGCUUCCCAACUGUAUCUUCAACACCAGAGACCCCAUCAUCAUCGGAGUCACAGUGGAGGCUGGCAUCGUCAAGCCAGGCACCCAAUUAUGUGUGCCCUCCAAAGAAGGAAUCAUUUUGGGAACAGUUGCUACCCUCGAGCAGAAUAACAGACCAGUGGAUUUCGCCAGACAGGGAGCAGAUGUCUGUCUCAAAAUAGAGAACACAACAGGCGAAGCUCCCAAACUGUACGGCCGCCAUUUUGACUCAACUGACAUUCUGAUGAGCAAAUUGACACGAGAGUCAAUCGACGCCCUCAAAGACCAUUUCAGAGACGAAAUGACUAAGAAUGACUGGCUAUUAGUCAAAGAGUUGAAGGCUGUAUUCCGAAUUGUUUAAUAUAUAUCGAAAUGCUUCUGAGCUUGUUUGGUAUAUUGACGCUUGAAGUAGACUUCGAAUUGAAGUUUAGCUAAAACGAGUAGGCGAUUAUUGAAGUGAACUUCAAAGCAGUGAAAAGAGGGCGUUACAAAUUGAGCUUCUGUUUUUCAAUUUACCGCUAUUGUUUUAAGCGGUACAUUUUACUUUGGUGCUUAUUGAUAUGAUUUUCCUUGUACUUAAAUAAUGGGUUAAUUUUGAGCUUCGCAAGCACACCUGUUUUACAAGAUUUCAUUCAGCAGUUUUUUAAAAACUGAACUCAUCAACCUAUUUUCUGGUUAGCUGCUGUGUUAGCGAUGUCAUGCUUAUUUGAGCUCAGUUUCGUUUGAUAGUUUAUUUGCCAUGCUCGAAGGUCAAAUAUGUCCUAACAUGUAUGAACGAAAUCAAGUUUCACUUUUUCAGGUCACUGUGUAAGAGUCGAUGAAAGCUAAAAGUCGGUGACUCAGUUUUGAUUUUUCUCAGUUUGACUUUUGAUUUCUUUUUAAGUGCAGUUCAUUUCCUUGGUUAAAAGGAAGGCUUACUCCACUGUCGAUCAGCAGAAUUAAAAGGUCACGAAAAACGUCAGAUAUCCCAGCGAAAUAAAAAAAUUUACAUAUUGAUUGAGGAUUCUAAACUUAUGUUA